AUGUCCGGCCACGCCCACAACAAGCGCCCGGACAAGCAGCAACAACCGCUGCCACCGUCGCCGUGCACGCCGACGCCUGGUGAGCUCCUCCAGCGGAAGCGUAAGCGUCUGGAAGAAGUCAAGGACCAGCUCGAGCAGAACAAGCGCCAGGCCACUCGCCGCUCUCUAGGAGCCCUCGACAGCCUCCAACCUCCGCCACGCGCUCAGGGGCACGGGCAUGGUCAUCCACGACAGCAACAGCGCCCUCACGCGAAGCUCCCGACCGCCCACCCACCACAGGUCAACCCACCCCAGCAGCUCAUGCCACCGCCAGUCGUUCCAGCCCAGACGAUAUGGGAAGGCGAUACUGACACUCUGUGGCGCCUGACAGAGGGAGACAAGAUGACCCUCAGCAUCACCCUCCUGCCGCCGUCGCUGAACCCAAAAGACGUCGACCUGCACUCCAAGUCCGCCACCAAGACUCUCAAGUUCAACUUCGAAACAACCUGCAAGGAGCCCAUGACUUUGUUCAGUACCACCAGCCCGGCCGAGACAUGCCUGUACAUCAAGCUAUUCAUGCACGAGACCCACCUCGUCACCGAACGCCGUGAGCCCGGUCUCGUGCGGAUGGAAGGGCAGGCGUUGGACAAGAUGUGGGACUACGUGCGCAAGAACGACUCCGUGGAGGGCCCGCGUGGUAGACCCGGCGGAGCGGAAUACCUUCCGGCCGGUGGCAAAGGCUGGGUGGUCGUGGCGCCGUACGUCGCGGAGGCGACCAACCUUCCAGGGGUCUCUUACUCGAUCAUCGCUGUGCUUGUCCCUGGCGAUCCGAACGUGAGAUGGUUCUACACUCCCUACCGCGUCUCCGACGUCCUCAGGUACCUCAUCAGCAGGCCGACACCCGGUCUGCAGAUCGCGCGCGAGUUGCCGCCGGGCAGCAGGUCGCAGAGGUCGCUGUAUGUGUGGGUGAAGGAGUGUUUCAAACCGGCGAUGGAGUUUCCCGACGCAGAUGUUUUCGUCAAUGCGAAGAAGAUUACCGAUUACUGUGCGCCGAUCGUCGACCCGGACAAUGCGCUGAAGAGGCUUGAGAAGCGUGAGGCUUGGACUGGUGCAAGAGGGUACCACCGGGAUGGAGGUGUGAAGGGCAAGGACGAGGAGGUGUGCCCGAGUGAUGACCGGUAUCUAGUGGAGCUUCAGCCGGCGGAGCGAGAGAUUGCUGAGAAGGUCGGCCUAAAGUGCGCAGAGUACUUACUCGUCAAGCGCGAGUUCUUCAGUGCCUUCUACCAAGAGAUCUACCGCAGCGACAGGCCCAUCUCUCGUGGCGUGACGAACGACAACGCCAACGGCCCGCACACCGAAGCUCCUGCUCGCGCACGCGCCCCCGACAACACGGAAGACGACGCAGUGGUCGACCGCCCAGCCACCUCGACCGCAACAAACCCGUUCCAACCCCUUCCUCCUGCCACGCCGAAGGCGAAGCCAAACCCCAAGCCCAAGCCCUUCGCCAACGCUUCCGCCACCCCAGCCGCAACAACCCCAGGCACCUUCCAACUCCGCCGCACCGCCCGCCCAGCAGCUCCCCUCCGCAAUCGCGAAGACACGCCCCAGCGCAUCGGCGAAGGCAGCGAGCGCGCUCACAGCCCGUCCGUCGCUUCCACCAGCAACCGUCCCACACCUACCCCCGGCUCGCCGAUCGACAACACCCCAGGCACUCGCACGCAGGCCUUGAGUGGACGCGCAGAUGGCCGUGGCGGAGUGAAGCGCGGGUGGAAGAAGAAUGUGCGUACGGAUCAUGCGCAUCAGGUGUGGAUGGGGGAUCAUUACAAGUGGAAGGCGACGAGGGCAAAGUUGCUGAUAAUUGGGUGGAAGGAGAUGGGCUUCCUCGACGAGAGCUGGUACGUCCACUGGAUCAAGAAGGGUGGCGUUUUCGAAGGCGAGUUGGGAGGAGAUGCGAGGGAGUAG